AUGGCUUUCCUCCGAGGCAAGCAAUCGGGCAUCCAGAACGACUUGUCGGCAGGCAUAGCACCAGACAACUUCAACCCUGACGACCUAGCUCGUUUUGGGAUUAACUCACAAAUAUCAACACUAGCCUACGAUCCGGUGCAAUCACUCCUAGCGGUUGGCACAAAAAGCUCAGAAUUCGCGCCAGGCCAGAUCUACAUCUUCGGCCAACAGCGGGUGCAGGCAACGUUCCCUCUACCUCGACAAGGUGCUGGUGUCAAGUCUCUUCAGUUCGUGGCCGAUAAGCUUGUGUGUCUGGACAGCAAACAUGACAUCGCUGUCUACUCCCUGGAGCUCAAGAAGUUGCUGUCGAGUCAUAGUCCCCCUGGUAUUGUGACGGUACUAUGUACGGAUCCUAUGCUCGACUAUGCUUUGCUCGGUAUGCAGACCGGUGAGAUUCUUGCCUACGAUCUUGAUCGAGAGACUUUGGCACCUUUCAGGAUACCGAAUUUGUGGAUGGGACUCGAUCCUAGGACAAAGAUCUCGACGAUCGUGAGCUUGCACUUUCAUCCUCGUGAUAUCGGCAGUCUUCUUGUCGGCUACACGCAUGGCGCCGUGAUAUAUAGCUUCAAGCUUGCGAAAGCACUUCGGCACUUCCAGUAUGAGAUACCCAAAGGUGCUCCAGGUGGCGAUGGGGAUCCGGCUUUGAUGGCGACGUUCAGACGACCGCGACUCACACAAGCUGCAUGGCAUCCGACCGGCACAUUUAUUAUUACCGGCCAUGAAGACAGUUCCCUCGUGUUCUGGGAUACGCUGAAGGACGGUCGCAUGAUCAUGGCGAGGACGGUCACAGAUACGAACGUGGCUACUCCUGGUGCGCCUGUCGUUCGGCCGAUGAGCUCAGGGAGAGGAGUACCGACUAUGGCAGUCAAGGAGCCUCUGUUUCGUAUAGUAUGGUGUGCUAAUCAGGAUCCUGAAGAUACUGCUAUCUUGAUUGCUGGAGGCCAGUCUACACAAUCUCCGUCUAAGGGUCUGACACUUUUCGAGAUGGGCCGAACGCCUGUGUAUGCGACGAGUACAUGGGAAGCCUUCUCGCAGUACUGCGAGUCACCUAAACGACAACGCAUACUACCUACACCUCCCGGCGCUGAAGUGAUUGAUUUCUGCUUGAUUCCACGUGCAUCUCCCCAUUUUGCUGGUGCUCACGAUCCCCUGGCGGUGAUUGCUCUGCUGUCCUCUGGAGAACUUUUGACUUUGUCAUUCCCGUCUGGCAUGCCAAUCAGUCCUACAAACCAGUUACAUCCGUCCUUGACAUUCGUCCACCCAUUCUUGAAGUCCAUCAACGUCGCACAGACAAGCAGAGAACGAUGGCUGGGCAUGACGGAAAGAAGACAGCAAGGUCCGCCCGUCCUGCGUGGUGGUGCAGAAUCAUUACGGUCGUUACGACGUUACGAAAGCAGGAAUAUCAUACAGACUAUACAUGCAGAUGGCACGAUCCGGCUCUGGGACACUGGUCAUGGUGACGAAGUGGAAAAUGGAAUGCUGCUGCAAGUCGAUGUGGCGAGAGCUGUUGGUCGCUUCGGUGAGGUGGAUGUGACGAAGACGAGUUUGGCUGGUGCAAGUGGUGAGCUGGCACUCGGCUUGCGGAGUGGAGAGCUCGUCGUCUUCAGAUGGGGCAACAACAGUCAUGCCGGUCGAGAACCGCCUGCACCUCGACCCAAUCAACCCGGUCAAUUGACGAACGUCAGCGACCGCAUCGAGCCAGCACUAUCAGAAGGCCUGAUCCCAACCACCCUCCUAGCUCAACAAGACGGUCCCGUAACAGCCAUCCGCAUGAGCGAAGUAGGCUUCCUAGCAGCAGGGUUCGAAGGUGGCAGUAUUUCCGUCAUCGACAUGCGAGGCCCAGCAAUAAUCUACUCCGCCUCAGUAUCCGACUUUAGCAAAUCCAGCGGCAAAGGCAGCCUUCGCGGACGAGGCAACAGCAGUGCAGGCGUAAAGCCCGAAUGGGCCACACAUAUAGAAUUCAGCGUGAUGACGCUUGACGGAGACGACUACAGCAGUAUCCUCCUCCACAUUGGCACGAAUCUCGGCCAUCUAGCCACCUUUAAAAUCGUCCCCGAUCCAAGCGGAAGGUACACAGUCCAAUACGCCGGCUCCCUGACCUUAGACAGCGGCAACCGCAUCCUCCACAUCUCCCCCCUAAAUGCCGACACAGGCAAACCUGCCUCCGCAACCCAACAAACCGUUUCGGGCCUCCGCACCGGCCUCCGCCUCAACGGCGUCCUCCUCGUAGUAACGACCACAAGCAUCCACAUCUUCCGCCCUGCCACCUCCAAAGGCGCCCACAAAUCCUUCGACUCCUACUUCUGCGACUCUGCCUCCAUCUGCCGCUACCAAGACAGCGGCUACGCCCUCGUCGCCCUCUUCGGCGACGGCUACGCGCGCGCCUACAGUAUCCCCGCUUUACGCGAGAUAGCCGCCGUCAACAUCAGCAAUACUCUAAAUGUGCGGCGUUUCAGCGAAGCGGUCAUAACGCCUACUGGACAUAUCCUAGGCUUCACCGGACCCUCGGAACUAGCCCUGCUGAAUGUCUGGGGGGUAGGGGACGAUCAUGCGGCUAGGUUGAACGGGGAUAAACUCUUCAAUCCCUCCGCCUUGAUUCCUCCAAGACCGACGAUAAGUACAGUAGCUUGGGUAACAGGGACACAAUACAUCACUCCCUCUGACCUCACCCUCCUGAUCUCUGGCCCAGGCCGACCAGUAAGUAAACGGAUGCUGCAGCAACAGGCUCUCGAGGCCGAGACAGCUCGGAAAGCAGGCAGAGCAGGUGGGAAAGCUGCUGUGCCGCCUGGGGCUGCUGGGGCGGCGGGCACAGACCAGGAGACUUACUGGGCGUACAUGCAGCGACAGGUUCAGGAACGCACGGAGAAGUUGGGAUUGGUGGGGGAUGGAGUGGAAAAUCUGGAGGCGAAUAGUGCCGGGUGGAUGGAGGAUGUGAACAAGUAUGUCAAUAAGCAGAAGAGGGGGGUCGCUACCUCUGUCCUGAAGGCCAAGUUUGGCUUUUGA